AUGGAGGACUCGCCAGAGAAGUGCUAUGAUCCAUUUGAUCGCACUUUGGUGUUUGUUGACAAGAAAGAUGAUUUGGAUCCAUUCCCCUCAGAAGAUGGACCCCUGAGAGCACAGAUGUCCUGUGGCCAUGCUGUGACCCCUGAAUCUCUCACAGACUGGUGUCGCCAUCAACUCGAUCAGGGUAAUUUUAGAUUCAAAUGCCCUGCCUUAGUGGAGGGCACAAAACAAUGCAAGAAGCCCUGGUCUUAUCAAGAGGUGCGCAGACUGGCUGAUUUAACUGUGGAGGAAAUGCAGUACUUUGAGGAGAACAUUGCUCGCAUGGCGGCCGCUGAGUUCUCUGAGAUUCAGCCUUGCCCUCAAUGUAAAAGCAACGUGGAGAGGAAGGACCUGACGAACCUGUGUGUGGAGUGUCCUGUAUGCACCGCUGAUCAGAAGAAGUGCUAUCAGUUCUGUUGGCAGUGUCAGAAGCCGUGGAAAGGCCAGGCCGAACGCUCCGAUCUCUGUGAAAACGAUGGCUGCAUCAAUAAGAACCUGGAGCUUCUGCAGAUCUGUAAAACCAUCAACCUGCCUCAAGUGCGAGGGGCCACAAACUGCCCCUCUGUCCGGGCCUGUCCUACCUGUGAUACAGUGCACAAUGACGUGCGGUGUGCCAUAGUCGAGCCAAGCACAACUCCGAAGGCUUUUGCUGCCCGCAAGAUAUCCUUGGCCAGCAAGAUGUCCCCAGUGAGUACAGAACAAGGAGUGAGUGAUGCUGACGCAGCUAAUGCCGGGAGGAAGAGGAGAUGGGGAUCCAGUACAGCCACCACCGCGAAGAAGCCCUCCAUCAGCAUCACCACAGACUCACUCAAGUCUUUAAUCCCUGACAUCAAAGUCAAUCAAGAGGCUGUGGUGGAUCUUCCUGCUGAGGAGUUGCAGUAUUCUGGAGAUGAAGACACUGUGGACAGCACCCACGAUGACCCGGACAACGGGCUAAAGAUUCAGCGCACUGUCACACAGGUAGUUUCAAGUGAUGGUCAGAAGAAUGGAGGAAAUGAGGAGAAUGAAGGUGAAAAAAUAGAUGUAGAAAAGCCCCUCAGAGUGUCCAAAGACAGAAGAAAAAGUAGCGUGUCUGAAGAGACCACAGAGUCCGCAACAUCCCCAGUAGUUGCAGAGGCCAAGAAAGUUUCUCCCAGCGACACCCUGGUACGCAGAUCCAUCAGUCAGCAGAAGUCCGGAGUGUCUGUCACGAUUGACGACCCUAUCCGCUCAAAUAGACAGCCAUCGCCGCCACGUGGAAAAGUCUCCACUAUCAUCCACGUGACCAAUUUAGUUCGGCCAUUUACAGUCGGUCAACUUAAAGAGCUGUUAAGUCAAACUGGAAAUAUGGUGGAGGAAGGCUUCUGGAUCGAUAAGAUCAAAUCCCACUGUUAUGUCACAUAUUCUACAGAAGAAGAAGCAGUUUCUACCAGAAAUGCUCUUCAUGGAGUAAAAUGGCCUCAGAGCAAUCCCAAAGUCCUCAGUGUGGAUUUCAGUGAACAGGAUGAGUUGGACUUUCACAAAGGCAUUCUAAAACCUAAAAAGGAGCCAGAGCUUAGCACCUCAGUGACCGUUGCACCCCCGCCUCACCGACUACCCCCACUCAUGCCGGAGCGAGAUCGGGAGAGAGACCGAGACAGAGUGCGCGACAGAGACCCUGACAGAGGCCUGGGCGUGGUCCGGGACCUGUGGGCAGAGCGGCAGCGGGAGAUGGAGAGGCGAGAGCGAGCCAGAGGAGAGAGGGAAUGGGACCGCGACAAGAUCCGGGAGUUUGCUCGACCAGGAGAAGACGCACGGAGAUCGAGAUCCAGAGAACGAGAACGCAGGAGGCGAGAGCGUGCAAAGAGCAAGGAGAGGAAGACUGACAAGAAGGAAAAGGGAGACGAGCCUCCAGCUAAACUUCUUGAUGACUUGUUCUUGAAAACCAAAGCUGCUCCAUGUAUAUACUGGCUCCCACUCACCGAAGAGCAGGCAGCGCAACGGGUUCUGGCCCGCACCGAGCGCAAAAAAGAACGUGAGCGCAUUCGUAAAGAGAUGGAGGAGGAGGACAAGAAGCGCGAGGAGGACAAGAAACGAGAGCGGCUGAAGGUUCGAGAGAAGGAGGGUGGUCCGGCUGUGGGCGCAGCAGCUCGCCGUGUGUCUGAAGGAGAACGAGGCCGAGAGGGAGACCACAGGCGAGACAGCGGCCGUGGGCCUCGCCGACUCUCAGCCGGAAACCCACAACGCUCACACAGCAGGAGCAACCCCAGGGAGCGGCGGCGCUGA